CCGGAGGCCGCGCCGCUGAGGGUGCUUCGCGGGCACGGAACGGACUUCUGUAGCAAGCCAGUUCUUGAUCCGACUUUAAAGGCCAAAACGUAAUCGCGUCUCUGGAUAUUCUUUGAGGGAUUUUGAAACAGACAUAUGUUUACCUAUAGGGGAGCCCAAAUGUACCCCUUGCCUUGGCUCCUCUCCACAUCGACAUCUUCAGUCAGCACGGCCUGCACACCUAUUACUGCUUUCCCUCCGUAAUCAGCUGAUCCUUGAAAGAGAGGGCAGAGCCUCAUUAGAUUUGUUUUGACUUAACUGCUUCAGGCAGUGCCCCUAACCAUUUGCUUGCACGUGUGUGCGCGCGCGCCUGUGCAUGAACGUGCGCUUAUUUAGGAGUGUGUGCAAGGUGGAAACUGGAUUUUGAGAAAUCGCAAUGAAAGAAGUAAGCACAGUGUAGUGAGAACAGAACAACUUAGUACGAAGCUGGCACCUUGGGAGCACAGGCUAGUAGGAGAGGCAGGACUAACCUGGAAAUUGUAGACAUCAACUUUCAUGGCCACCAAAUACCAGAAGAAAGAACUCCAUGAAGGCUGGAGAAGAAAAAAGUUCUCUUGGGGCUGCUGGCCUGGACUCAAGCCCUUGGAGCUGUCAAGCAGCUGCUGCGUUUCUGGAUAUAUUCCUGAGCUAAGUGAUGGGAGAAAUCUGUGACAUGGAGACCCAGUGACAGUGGAAGUUGAUGAAUUUGUGAUGGGAACUAAGGUCAUAUUCCAGCACCGAGAGAUUAUAUCUCUUGCUCACUCCUUGUCUACACGGUCUAUCUGUCAUCAAAGAAAAUUAAAUUGGUCUGCCAAGAUUUGAUCUUCGCAUUCCAUGGAGUGCCCUCAUGGUGUUUAUUGAUGCUUCCACUAGUUUUUGUCUCUGAAAGAAGAUGAAUUUGGCUGAGAUUUGUGACAAUGCAAAGAAAGGAAGAGAAUAUGCACUUCUUGGAAAUUAUGAUUCAUCUAUGGUAUAUUAUCAGGGAGUAAUACAGCAGAUUCAGAGACAUUGUCAGUCAGUCAGAGACCCAGCUGUCAAAGGCAAAUGGCAACAGGUUCGCCAGGAAUUAUUGGAAGAAUAUGAACAAGUUAAAAGUAUUGUCAGUACUUUAGAAAGUUUUAAAAUCGACAAACCUCCAGAUUUCCCUGUGUCCUGUCAAGAUGAACCAUUUAGAGACCCUGCUGUUUGGCCACCCCCUGUGCCUGCAGAACACAGAGCUCCACAUCAAAUAAGGCGUCCCAAUCGAGAAGUAAGACCUCUGAGGAAAGAAAUGCCAGGAGUAGGAGCCCGGGGACCUGUAGGCCGAGCACAUCCUAUAUCAAAGAGCGAAAAACCCUCUACAAGUAGGGAGAAGGAUUAUAGAGCAAGAGGGAGAGAUGACAAGGGAAGGAAAAAUAUGCAAGAUGGUGCAAGUGAUGGUGAAAUCCCAAAAUUUGAUGGUGCUGGAUAUGAUAAGGAUCUGGUGGAAGCCCUUGAGAGAGACAUUGUAUCCAGGAAUCCUAGCAUUCAUUGGGAUGACAUAGCAGAUCUGGAAGAAGCUAAGAAGUUGUUAAGAGAAGCUGUUGUUCUUCCAAUGUGGAUGCCUGAUUUUUUCAAAGGAAUUAGAAGACCAUGGAAGGGUGUGCUCAUGGUUGGACCCCCAGGCACUGGUAAGACUAUGCUAGCGAAAGCUGUUGCCACUGAAUGUGGCACAACAUUCUUCAAUGUUUCCUCUUCUACACUGACAUCUAAAUAUAGAGGUGAAUCUGAGAAGUUAGUCCGUCUGUUAUUUGAAAUGGCUAGAUUUUAUGCACCCACCACGAUCUUCAUUGAUGAGAUAGAUUCUAUCUGCAGUAGAAGAGGAACCUCUGAUGAACAUGAGGCAAGUCGCAGAGUCAAGUCUGAACUACUCAUUCAGAUGGAUGGAGUUGGGGGAGCUUUAGAGAAUGAUGAUCCUUCCAAAAUGGUUAUGGUAUUGGCUGCUACUAAUUUCCCAUGGGACAUAGAUGAAGCUUUGCGAAGGCGAUUAGAAAAAAGAAUUUAUAUACCUCUCCCAACAGCAAAAGGAAGAACUGAACUUCUGAAAAUUAAUCUUCGUGAGGUUGAAUUAGAUCCUGAUAUUCAGCUGGAAGAUAUAGCAGAGAAGAUUGAGGGCUAUUCUGGUGCUGACAUAACGAAUGUUUGCAGGGAUGCCUCUUUAAUGGCAAUGAGACGGCGAAUCAAUGGCUUAAGUCCAGAAGAGAUCCGUGCACUUUCUAAAGAGGAACUUCAGAUGCCUGUAACCAAAGGAGACUUUGAAUUGGCUCUUAAGAAAAUUGCUAAGUCUGUCUCUGAUGCAGACUUGGAGAAGUAUGAAAAGUGGAUGGCUGAAUUUGGAUCUGCUUGAAUUUCUGUCAGCUCUUUCAUUUAUGGUAUUUUUGUUUAUAAAAUGUGAAGAAAAUCCUGCAAUUUUU